AAGGCAAGGGGGACGCGCUAGCCGAGCGCGCCUGCGCAGCGGCCGACUCCGGAGGAUCUCUCGCGAGGAAGGACGCCAUUAUCGCAGCCGCCCGGCCAAACACCACGAGAAUUCGGCAAGGCAAACGAAUCAGAGUUGUAUGAACUGACGGAUCUCCUUCAGUUCAGCCCCACGCCCCUGUUUCUGAAUGAUGACAGAACAGGAUUUAGCGGAUGUAGUUCAAAUAGCUGUGGAGGACUUGAACCCAGAUCAUCCAGUUGUCUUGGAAAACCAUGAAGUGACUGAUGAAGAUGUAGACCCUCCUACGAAACGGCAGCGGAUAGAAAUCAAUUGUCAGGACCCGUCAAUUAAGUCCUUCCUGUAUUCCAUCAACCAAACGAUAUGCCUGCGGCUGGAUAGCAUCGAAGCCAAGCUGCUGGCCCUGGAUGCAACCUGCAAGUCCCUGGAAGAGAAACUGGACCUCGUCAUGAACAAGCAACAUAGCCCCAUCCAGGUGCCCAUGGUGGCAGGAUCCCCGCUUGGGGCCACCCAGACAUGCAACAAAGUGAGAUGUGUUGUCCCUCAGACCACAGUAAUUCUCAACAACGACCGUCAGAACUCGAUUGUAGCCAAGAUGGUGGGGCAGGAAGAGCCGUUAAGCCGAGCAGCUGAUUCACUGGAAAAUAUCCUUAACAAUGCUGUUCCCGGGCGGAGGCAGAACACCAUUGUGGUCAAAGUCCCAGGGCAUGAUGAUAGCCACAACGAAGACGGAGAGAGUGGUUCUGAAGCCAGCGACUCGGUUUCAAACAGUGGCCAGCUAGGAAAUCAGAAUAUUGGGAACAACGUCACUCUUAUUACAUUGAAUUCUGAAGAGGAUUAUCCUAGCGGGACGUGGCUUGGGGACGAAAACAACCCCGAGAUGCGUGUGCGCUGCCCUAUCACCCCGGCAGACAUGCUCCACAUCAGCACCAAUUGCCGGACUGCUGAGAAGAUGGCGCUGACGUUGCUCGACUACCUUUUCCAUCGAGAAAUCCAGGCGAUCUCUAACCUUUCUGGCCAAGGGAAGCACGGGAAGAAGCAACUCGAUCCUCUCAUGAUUUACGGCAUCCGUUGUCACCUUUUUUAUAAAUUCGGCAUCACAGAGUCUGACUGGUACCGGAUUAAGCAGAGUAUAGACUCAAAAUGCCGGACAGCCUGGCGCCGGAAACAGCGAGGCCAAAGUCUGGCUGUAAAAAGCUUUUCACGACGGACACCCUCUUCUUCCUCCUACAGUGGUUCAGAGAGCACGCAGAGCACCGUGUCGGCCCCAAAUGAAAUUCAGGCCAACCAACCCCAGGCGCUUCAUUAUGCUUUGGCCAACGCCCAGCAAGUCCAGAUUCACCAGAUAGGAGAGGACGGCCAAGUGCAAGUAAUCCCACAGGGACAUCUCCACAUAGCACAGGUGCCACAAGGAGAACAGGUCCAGAUCACGCAAGACAGCGAGGGUAACUUGCAGAUCCAUCAGGUUCACGUGGGGCAAGACGGCCAGGUGCUUCAAGGUGCCCAACUGAUUGCAGUUGCUUCUUCUGAUGCUGCAGCUGCUGGUGUCGAUGGAUCCCCACUUCAAGGGAGCGAUAUCCAGGUCCAGUACGUCCAGCUGGCCCCGGUGACAGACCACUCUGCUGCUAAUCCAAACACAGACUCCCUUCACUCAGCCAUCCAGCCAGAAAUGCAGAUAGACCACGGAGCCAUUCAGAUUCAGUAGGACAAGGUGACACGGCGGCCACCAUCUCAGCUCGUGGACGACAGCGAAAGAUUCCGGUUCACAGAGCAAGUUCGUCGUUUCUGCUCAGCCUGCAGGGCGUUCCCAGGACUUUUCCUGUACAUAUGAGUGUGAUCUGCCUCCUCUGACCUGGUUUGAAUGGAACCACCGGCAGAUCUGAUGGACCAAGCCGUGGCGGAACUGCCAUCCUUCCACUCCGUUCCUAGGAGACGUGGUUUAACUGGGGGGGGGGGGAGGAUCAGCCUCGCGGGAGGGAAGAUCUAGCUAACUUUCAUUAACCCAACUAUUUUGAGUGAUGUCAGGCCACCACCGUUUCUUCUCCUCCGUGACUCCUCCCUGCAAAUAUCCCUCGACGUCUUCUCAGAGACAGGGUUGUCUUGCAAGGCAUCCCUUGUCGCUCAGAAAGAAUCAAGAGUGCAAAUAUAUUUUGCUGUGGAAAGAAGUUUUUUUUUAAAAAAAAAUUGCUAUGUUUGUAAUAACAAAGAGAGAGAGAGAGAGAGAUGUAUUUAAAAAAACGAAGGUGGUACGGAGGCAGGCCCCGGAUCAUAAAUGUUAGCUUCUUUUGCUGCUGGUUUUCCCGUUUCAGUGUAAUCAUAAAAAAAAAAAAGGAGGGAAAAAAAAGCAUACAAGCAGAAACUUCGCCUCUUUGGGGGGAUGGGUAUUCUUCCAACUACUUUUUUAAAAGGGGAAAAACUGCUAUCCACCACUGUAAUUAUGCAUUUCUAAAGAAAUAAAUGUGUAUUUAUGAAGACCA